AGCGUGUGGAUGAAAAUGUGUAUACAUUUAAAUGUUUUCAUGUUUGAAGACUGUGAGAGGCUUUACAUCUGUGUCACAGUAGGGGACAUGUUAGCAGAGUGUAAAUCUCUCUCUUUCUGUCUGUGUCUCUCUUUAAGUAUCUCUCUCUCUCCCUAUCUAAUUCUCUCUUUAUGUCUAUCUCUCCUUCCUCUCUUUCUAACCCCCCCCUUCUAACUCUCUCUCUCUCUCUCCCUAUCAACUCUCUCUGUCUAUCUUUCUCUCCUUCCUCCAUAUUUAUGUGUGUUUGCAUGGGUCUAAUGCAUAACCUUCCUUUUCUUCAGAGCCUUGCUUGAAAUAGACUUAAAAGAAAUAAACUCUACCAAAGCUUGGAUAGCAUUCACUCUGUGCUCCAGAAAAAAAUCCUCUUUCUCUUCCUUAGACUCCCGUGAUCACAGUGACCCUUCACCUCUUUCCUCCCUUCCUCUCGCCCCAGGGGCGUGCGUUAUUUACGGCGUCCCCACAGCUGGUGGAUAGACAAACCAAUGGGCCGAGGAAUAAAGAUGUCACUCAUCUACUGUCCGGCUUCAUUAGCUUGAAAGCAGGACCAUCAAGGAAUUUGAAAGCUGUGGCGAGCGCAGGCAUACUAGACGCUGUGGAUUAUGUGAUAUGUGGUGUUUAUUGGGUCGGAAGAGCAGACACAGAGGCAAGCACUAGACUAUAGGCUUCCCUCUUUGAAUCCUACACAAUCGAGGCAGGUUUAUUAGUACUACAUUGACAUAUGUGAAGGUAGCAUAAAUAAUGUACAAUAACAUGAAAAGAGGAAAAAAAAAGAAAAAGGUUAUAAACUAAUAAUGAAUUACAAACCCUCUGUCUUAAAAUCCUACUCAAGCAAAGCAAGUUUAUUAGUACUACAUACUAUACACAAGGCUAGAUUAUAGAAAAAUAACAAAGACAAAGAGUAAAUAAAAGAAACAAAUGUAUAAAUGUAUAAUGAAUUAAUGUUAAAUGGGAUAUGGGAUAUAAUAGCCCACUGACUUCAAAACACCAAUGACCUCAAAUAAAAUGAUUACUGUAGCUUUUCUCAGAACUUACAUUUUAACACAGUGUUCUUCUCCAAUACAUGUCCAAAGCCCAAACAGAGCCUUCAGUGAUUGUGGUGUUGUGAUGUCACUAAUAGUUGAGUAGCCCCUUCCAAUACACAACACACAACACUGUGUAAUAAAAUGUGCAUUAAUACACACUGAUUUUAAUAAACACUUUCCUGUCAUCUAGCCAGCCGAUACUCUCGAAGGAUCACAUGAUUCUGAGAGGUCUCCCACAGAAGUGAGGGAGAAGUGCAACGAAGAUGCUGCUGUUGCCGGCUUGAGAGCAGAGAGGGUGUUGGAGACGCAGACUGCGUUUGGGUAGCAUUCAGGCUACAAGAGUAUGUUUCUAAGAUUUAGAUUUGCGUAAAUAUUCAGAAUGUAUUGGCCAAUUCCCGGAGAUCGCUGUUCUGUCUGGAAACAUGACAUCUUUCAUAUGGAUUUGGAAUAAGAAAAAGCAUGGACGUUCAUAAAGCAGAUGUUGGAUAUUAAUUUAAUUACUGUCUGCAACAUUUCUCAAAUCGAAGAUUACACCUUUAUAGACAGCGGAGAUGUGCUGCAGCUCCUAUUCAGAUAUGUGAAUGGACUGUAUGCAUUAUCCACUCCCAGAUGCUCUUGAACUCUAAAGAGAAGAGGUAAUAGAAGUCAGCAUGGCAAAGUCACUGUGCAGACUCCGACGCUUACUCCGGAGAGCUCAGCUUCUCAUUCUCCUCCUGAGUGUGGUGUACAUCAUGGCGGGGAGCAUCCUCCUGCUCCAGCGAUCCGCAGCGCCAGUCUCUCAGCGGGUAGGAACCCCCAUCCAGUCUCUAUCUGCCCCCAGCAGGGCACCCCCCAGUGCCCACUGGGCUCCUGGGGCAGGCUGGCACCAUGGGGGCUCAGGGUUUCGUAGGCCACAGGACACGGAUGCUAAUGAAAGAUCGGGGAGGAACGCUGGCCAGGUUCUGGCAAGGGUCACGUCCUGGAACCGGAACCUUGAUAGGAGGCGUCUGCGACGGCAUUGGUUCAAUAGUCAAGUGACUCAGGGUGAACUUCUACUACCCAGUGGACCUCCUCAUAGACCAGUCAGACAUAAAGGAACCUACAUGGGUUGCUUUAUAGAUGAUGCCAGAACACGCGCCCUGGGUGGCACAGUCCUCUACAACUUCCGCAAAAUGACCACCACCUUAUGCCAAGACACCUGCUCCAAUAGUGGGUACCAAUAUGCAGGGCUGGAAUAUGGAGCAGAGUGUCACUGUGGCAACCGCAUUGCUGGUCCUCAGACCCGCCCUGUUGAGUGCAACCUGGACUGCAAAGGGGAGAAGGGCGCCCCCUGUGGUGGGGUGGAGCGACUGUCGGUGUACAAGCUGGACAAAAAGCUUCCUGGCCAGCGGAGAUAUAGCAGUUUACAUUACAGAGGCUGUUUUAAGAAGCCAGACAAUGCUACUGGUGCCUUCUUGAUUCACUCCACUGACUCUGAUUCAACUCUAGAAGCCUGUAUAGAGGCCUGCACUGAAAAGGAGUUCCCCCUAGCAGCCUUGAAAGGACUGUCCUGUCUCUGUGUUCAUGCCGGCUCUGGCCUGACCACCCAGUGGCACAGCCCAGUGGAGGAGAGCAUGUGUCUGUCAGGCAACCACACAAUCAGCUCACCAACCGGCUCGCCAACCAGCCCGCCAACCGGCUCGCCAACCAGCCCACCAACCAGCUCACCAACCAGCUCGCCAACCAGCCCACCAACCAGCUCAACAACCAGCCCACCAACCAGCUCACCAACCGGGCCCUCACAACACCUGGAGUACUACCAGGUUUACUACACUCCUGCUUUAGAUGCUAGGUGCAAAGAGAGGACGUUUCUGUCAGAGACGUCCACCUCCCUUGUGGCUCUGUCCAGUUUCCCUGGGGCAGGAAACACAUGGGUGCGGCAUCUCAUCGAGCUCAGCACAGGCUACUAUACCGGGAGUGUCUACUUUGAUGGAGCACUUUUCAAUGGAGGUUUCAAAGGAGAGAAGGACCACUGGAAAAAGGGACGGACCAUUUGUGUGAAGACCCACGAGAGCGGUCAGCGAGAGAUAGAGAUGUUUAAUGAAGGCAUCCUGCUUCUCCGCAACCCGUAUCACUCACUCGUGGCCGAGUUCAACCGCAAGUGUGGCGGCCAUGUUGGCUACGCCUCAGACAGACACUGGAAGAGCAAAGAUUGGCCUGAGUUUGUGGAGAGCCACGCCUCCUGGUGGGUGUCCCACGCCCUCGCCUGGCUUAAGUUUAGCUGCCGUCUGUUGGUGAUGCACUUCGAGGAGCUUCAGGCGGACCUCGUCUCCCAGCUGCAGCUCAUCACGUCCUUCCUGAACGCCAGCGUCGCAGAGGAUCGUCUCCUGUGCGCUGAGAGCAACCGCGAUGGCCUCUUUAAACGCUCAGGGCCCAGGAAACCCACCUUUGACCCCUACACACCAGCAAUGAGGGAGCUGAUGGAUGGAUACAUCCUCACUGUGGACCAAGCACUCAGAGACAGAAACUUUAGUGGCCUGCCUCUGGAGUACAUGCCCAGAUGAGGGCCAGAAUGAGACCCUCACAUACCGAUCUAAGCUAGCUCUGGGCUAACAUUGUGUUUCCCUCACACACCGAUCUGAGCUAGCUCUGGGCUAACAUUGUGUUUCCCUCACACACCGAUCUGAGCUAGCUCUGGGCUAACAUUGUGUUUCCCUCACACACCGAUCUGAGCUAGCUCUGGGCUAACAUUGUGUUUCCCUUUCUAUGACUAGAUGGUUAGAGUGAGAACAAGUGCCUAGAUACACUAUGAACUGUAAGCUGAAGUUCAUCACAAAGUGUAAUCAUCACGUGGCCUUUAAAUGUUAAACAAGUUUACCUACGCAGUGUACUGCAUAGCACUUAGCACUGCCCUUAUUUUUAUUUGAGAGUAGCUUACAUGUUGGAGUUUCCUCUUUAUAAGCAGUAGAUUAGAGGAAAAUAAAUAUAAAUCCUGGGGAAAAUGCACUGUUUGUAGUUUGUUUUUAUUGUAGUGUAGUGAGAGGUGUUCUUGUGAUGUUUAUACCAUAAUUAUGUGUAAUAAUGUGUUGGAAGCUUUGCACUAAUCGAUACUUUACAUCAAAAGGAAACUGUCCCUCAUUUCUUUCUAACACAUAGGGAUAUAAAGAUCUGAGAACUAGCAGAUGAUUGGGACUAAGAUGCAAUAUAAAGAUCUGAGAACUACCAGAUGAUUGGGACUAGGAUGGUAAUAAGUAUUGUCAUGAGGGUGGCAUAUUGUGGAAUAAACAGGACAACAUGGAUUACCA